CAUGGCUCGGCCAGCUUCAUGAACUGAUACUGAUUGCUUAAACUUCAAAUUUGACCAUUUCAAGGACAUGAACAUGCAGAUAACCACUUGACUGGCACUGAGAGCCCCGUGAUUUUGUUUGCUGUCAUGAACUCCGUCAAAAGCCUGUCUUCUAUAACCAUCUGUCUGUGUAUACUGCUAUCACUGUGUCUACUGGGUUCAAGUGCCUCUGCCAGUUCCAGCCUGUGGGGUAAAAAAAUUAAGUUCACUCCUCGUCUGUGUGUGUGGCAGCUACAACCAGGUACUGUGGUACCAGCCCUUGAGGAGUUGAGCGUAUGCAUGAUUUUACGCCUCCGCUUUGGAACAGAAUGGACAGGUUUUGACUACAAAGCACCAGGGAAAAGCCACAUAGAGCUUGGACUUAGAGGCACAAGUACACAUCUGGUGGUAUGGCUGUUUGGGAUUGAAAAGCAUGUGAAAAGGGAACUGAAUAUUCAAGAUUGGCACUCUGUCUGUCUCACCUGGUCUGGCCAAGCUCAGAGGCUGCAGGUCUACAUAAAUCAAACCAGUCAGAAUGAAACCUUUCUGUAUUCUGCCCUGCCCCAGCAACUGACCCCAAAUGGCACUCUCACUCUAGGGGUGUCUCAUUAUGUAAAACCAAAUGGUGUAGUGGAGCCGGAGACUGGGAAUAAUCUGCUUGGUGAGAUCAGUCUGUUCAGGAUGUGGGCCAGAGAGUGGAGCGCUGAGGAGCUAAGGUGGCAUAGAUGUGCAGAUGGAGACGUGGUGAGCUGGGACACAAAGCAAUGGAAACACAGCUGCCCUUCUGAAGCUGACAACAACCUUCAUUGUGCAUGGCCGAGCUACAAAAUAAAAAUGUGGACAGUCAUUCAGAUGAGGCCUGAAAAUUGUUCACUUUCACUCGAGGAAGUCACAAGAAACCGGCUGGUGAGCAUUUUCCCUCGUGACAUUUCUGUCCUUGAUAUCUCCAUAUCAUCCCCAAGCCAUGCCUGCCAUGGGGUUAAUAAUUCUGCUGCUCUUGUGCAACAACCUCAGGGAUCAAGAGCCUUAUCAGACUCCACCUGUGACAAGUGUUUCAGCUGUGAAGUCUACGUGAACGUGGAUCCUGCUUCUGAUGUAGAAGUGGUUCAGGCGAACAUUACUGCGUUACUGAGUUUGACCUUCUCUAACGACUUCCUCAAUCUGACAUCUGACCCUAACAGCAUCAGUGUACUCCCUGUGGGGUUGUAUGCAUUGGAGGAACCACCAACAACUGUUGGCACUGCUGUAACUUCAUCAGAAACAGCUCCAACUCAAAGUGUGCCAGGUCGACCUGCUAACAUGUCAACAACAAGAGCGCCUUUAGAUCUCAAUGAGACUGCCGUUGAACCUGAUACGUUCUUCAGAGUUAAUAUAACUUUAAGUAUGACUGGCAGCCCUACAAAACCACGGGAUAUUAUUGAGAAAUGGGUGAAAAAACAGCUGGAGGUGAAUAACACCAUGACUGUACUGAAUCUCAUCACAAAGGAGAAUGUUGGCAAGAACACGGAGCCGUUCAAUGGACUCAUGAUUUUCCAUGGUCGACAAAAACACAGAUAUUACUGCACCUUCCAUGUCCAGGAAUACAGCAAGAACAGUGCGGCAGAAAUAAAAACUUUUAUUUAUGCUGCCUUGAUGUCGGAGUAUGAAAAUGGCUCCAUUACUGUCAGAACUAUGGAUGUGGCCAUAAAGCACAUAAUGCCACAAAACUGUUUAGAAGAAACUACUCCAACAAUAUAUGGACAAUAUAUUUGGCCUGGAGCAUUUCCACAAGUCAACCAAGAAAUGGGAUGCAAAAAGCCAAAAUCAGCUAGAGCCUACAGGCUUUGUAAGUUAGACAUUGAAAAUGACAUGACCAGCUGGGCUCAUCCUAAUAUGAAAAAUUGCAAGCCACUUGUGACCAUAUCAUACCUCAACAAUAUCACUGUCACUACUGAUAACGCGGCUGACGUUGUGGACACGAUUCAGGAGCUUGUAGAUGUUCAGUUAGGUACCAGCAAAGAGCUCUCUGCCACCGAUCUGGAUACAGUUGUGGAGAAGCUCAAAGAAGUGGUUAAUAUCAGCACCAUCAAACCUGCUGUUGGUGCCAACAUUGUCAGUAUUGUUGCUGAUGUACUGCUUUCCAAAACUGACGUCACUCCUGUGGCUAACAUUGUCCUCAAUCUGACAGAGAGAAUGGCGGACAAAAUGGAUUUCCAAGAUGAAUCUGUCAGUCUAACAGCACCCUUGCUGGCCCUGUCUGCAAUCAAUGUAGAUCCAGAUGAGUUCAAUGGCUUCACUUUUGGUGUGUCCUCCGUUUCUUCAGACCUAAACCCAAAGAUUUUUCUCGACCCAAACUUCCAAAGUCAACCACUCCCUGACACAGAUGCAACUAUCUCUUUGCCCUCUGAGCUUCAUGACCUUUUCAUUCCCGGACAAAGAAAUAAAACUCGUGUCCAGUUUAAUUUUUAUGGAACACAAAAACUUUUUCAGGACCCACUCAUAACCAAUACAACACAGAGCAGCUGGAAAUUGAAUUCCUUUAUAGUAUCUGCCAGCAUCAAUAACAGCAAUGUCAGCAACCUAAAGGAUCGAGUGGUGGUGACCCUCAACCAUCAAACACCCAAACGCCCACAAGAUAACGUACAGUGUGUGUUUUGGGAUUUCCAAAAAAACGGUGGACAUGGAGGUUGGAACAGCAGGGGUUGUGAAACACAAAAUAUUUCUUCUCAUCGUACCAGCUGUCUCUGUGAUCACCUCACACAUUUUGCUCUGCUCCUGGAUAUAUCCAGAGACCCCAUCAGUGAAACUGACUCUCAGAUCAUGACAGUGAUCUCAUAUCUUGGGUGUGGCAUAUCCUCCAUCUUUCUGGGCAUCACUCUUCUCACCUACAUUGCUUUUGAGAAGCUGCGUCAAGACCACCCAUCUAAAAUACUCAUGAACCUGUCAGCUGCCCUGCUGGGUUUGAGCAUGCUCUACCUUCUAGACUCCUGGCUCUCGUCUUUCUCCAACUACGGCCUGUGCAUUGCCACUGCUGCGAUGCUGCACUACUUUCUGCUGGCUUCUUUUACUUGGAUGGGCCUGGAGGCUGUGCAUAUGUACUUGGCACUGGUCAAGGUCUUCAACGUCUACAUUCCUUCCUAUAUCCUCAAGUUCUGUGCUGCAGGAUGGGGUAUUCCUCUGGUCAUAGUCAGCUUGGUGCUGAUCGUAGAUAAAGAUGCCUAUGGCAACGCUGUGCCUGGAGAGGAUGUGUCAGUGCAUCAGUCCACCGAUCCUUUCUGCUGGCUGCAGAAUGACGUCUUCUUCUAUGUGACGGUGAUGACAUUUGUUCUUCUGAUCCUGUUGUGCAACAUCUCUGUGUUCAUCGUGGUUCUGAUCCAGAUCAGACAUAUGAAGGCCAAUAAGCGGUCAACAUACAACUGCAGUGUUCUGCAUGACUUGAGAGCGGUGGCCAGCCUCACUGUCCUGUUAGGUCUGACAUGGGCAAUGGGUUUUCUUUCCUUUGGACCAGGCAGAGUGGUCAUGAUGUACCUGUUCUGCAUUUGCAACAGUUUGCAGGGGUUCUUUGUCUUUUUGUUCCACUGUCUGAUGAAGGAAAAUGUGAGAAAACAGUGGAGAAUCCAUUUGUGCUGUGGACGUUUCAAACUCAGUGAUUACUCAGAUUGGAGCCGCACUAUGACAGGGGGCGAUCACCGCAAAAAGAACAAUCUUGUUAACUCUGACUCAGUUGCUUCUGACAGCACCUCCGCCGUCAGAAAGGUCUCGGAUUCCUCUACAGGAUCAGCCCCAAACCACCACCAGAGGGCAUGAGUGGGCCUCUGGAUGUGCCUUUCUGUAAAGCUCUUCCUCUCAAGGUCUAUUGUUCAAUCACAAACAUUAAUAUUGACAUGGAAAGAUAAAAUCAAUUACAUUUUCAGGGUGAGGCACUCCUGCACCUUUUUUAAAAAAAUCAACCACAAAAAGUAAAUACUGCACUGAUUGUCGAUACACAGUACAGAAGUUAAUUCUGAAAAUGCACUUUUUGCAAGUAAGCAACACUUAUUUAAAAGCUCUAAAGCCUCUCAAUCUAUUUUUACUACAUGACUGUUUUCACUGUACAGCUGAAUGACUCGUGCUUGGAAAAAGAUUUGUGUUUGUAAGUAAUUAACAUGUAAUGUUGCACAGGGAGCAGUUGUAAGAGUUUUCCAUUUAAAUAUAAAUUGUUAAAAAAA